CACAUAGGCAGACAACGUGAGAUAUGCAAGGAGACAAGUGGGGAGACAAGCCAAAACCGCGAUCGCGCAGGCAGAUAAAUGGGGAGAUACAGAGAAAAUAUAUAAGUGGGAAGACAAGCCAAAACAACACAGGCAGAUAAGUGGAGAGAUAUGUAAGGCGACAAAUUGGGGGCACAGCAGCUGCAAACCAAAACGGCGAUCACACGGGACACGUGUAUAUUCCCUGGCGUCAAUAGUCUUGAACUUGCUUCACCUGGAAUCUGUAUCUGGUUUAUUUCAUUUGAUCGUCUCGGUCUUUCUGGCUCUGUCAAGGAGCUGGAAAAGUAAAGCAUUUGGGAAAUACGUUGGGAAACUUUGGGUCACAAACCCAUAGCGUACCGGGUGUGGGAUGGGAAGGAUACUUUCCGUCUCAUUUCUUUACAUUGCGGUGCCAUUGCUGUGAUAUAGGGUUUUACUUGUAGCCAGCACGCUGCAAAACACGAUUUUGCGAAUGCUUGGCAACAGUGGCUUCCUUGCUUGUCCGUGCUUCUGACUUAUGAGUCGAGACUUUUGUAGCCACUUUUGUUCAGUCCGUGCAGCCGAAAUGGGUUUAUCUUGCAUUCCCCCUCUCAGCGCCAGCGAUGGCCAAAGCAUUGUCGGCGACCAUCAUCCUGGCCGCCUUUGCAUACAGUGUAUGCAGUGAGGCUGCUGAGGUGGAGGUUUGCAAAUACAUGACGAAUACCUACACUGGCAAGCAUCAGUACUUCAACCAGGGGGUGUGCACACAAGUUCUGCACGGCUCCGCAGUUGCAUCAUCUGAGAGCCCACAGCCAGUUGCCUUUGUCUUGACAGUGGCGUGCGUAUCUGAUUCUUGCGGGGAGUGCGAUGGUGAUCCUGUGAAGUUCUACGGCCAGUGCAAUCAAGGCUCUUUGACAGGGUACAUGUUUGACGGUGCUCUCUUCAACAUGACAGGCGUUUUCGUCGGUCCACUUGACGGUAUCUCGCUUGUCAUCGAUGCGGGUGGCCACAUUGACAGUCACUAUGAGUUCAACAGGACAGGCCUUGCUGCUCUCGCGCCGCUUCAUGUGUGACUGCAAGGGGGCGUAGGUGCCACUGCAGCAGGCAGGCUUUGGCACAGCAUCCAUCUUGACACUAUGAGCUCGACCAGACGGGCCUUGCGCUCGCGCCGCUUGAUGUGUAAGUUUGUGGGCAUAUGCGCCUGCAGCAGGUGCACAGGCCUCACAUUUUUCAUGGCCGCUAAAAGGAGGGAUUGGUGGGCCUGGUCGAUGGUUCGUCGUCGUCGGUUCUGGAUAGACGACAUUGAGCGCCAGACGGCAAAUCCAUCAUCAAGCGACAUGAGCGCCGGUGUCACUGGGUCCGGUCGCUCCAUGGGGCAGCGCCAGGUGCAAGGGUCAAAGAUCACGCCGAAUUUGAUCUCCUUCAACACCGUCCUGGCCGCCUGCGAAAAAUCUGGACGGUGGAUCUCAGCUCAACAAGUCCUGCGACAAAUGAACGAGAAUGCUCUUCCUCCUGACAGGCGCAGCUGGACUUCGUUGGUGGCAUGCUUCUCUCGAGGGAGUAAAUGGAUGGAAGCUCAUGGCACAAUCCAGGAACUUCGUCAGAUGCGCUUGCAACAAGACAUGAUGAUUAUUGGUGCAGCUGCCAGUGCCUAUCAGCGCGGGCAUCAGUGGCUGUUUGCCAUGGAGGUCUUCUCACAAGUGCUGAGUCUGAAUCUCCAGCCUGAUGAGCAGUUGUAUAGCUCGGUGAUUGCUGCUUCUGCCAUGGCACUCCAGUGGGAGACUGCUAUGAGCCUUCUGCAGAGCAUGCCAGCAAGGCGGCUCCAAACAACCUCUGCCAGUUGUGCUCCAGUCUUGACAGCCUUGCUGGAGGCGAAGCACUGGAUGAAGGCUUUGGAGCUUUUCAAUAAGCCUGGUUUGGCAAAGGACACGCAGAUGUACAGUCGGAUGGUCAUGGUGUGUGAGCAGCACAACCUGGUGGAAUUGAAGCAGCCCCUCUUGGAGUCUUUGGUCCAUGACCUGGCUGCCUCUGCUGACCAGCAGAGCCUCACCACAUUGGUCGCCGGCCGGUCGGUUUCACGUAGACCCGGUGCACGGGCGCGGGAUGUGCCACUCUCUGGGAGCGUGCCAUGGCGGCCGUAUGCCAAGGAGAUUCGCCUCAUGGAGCACAUCUUGGAGACGGCCGUACAAGGCGAUCCGGCCUCCGUGUGUGAUGCCUUCGAGAGCUUUGGUUUGAACAUGUCAGGCACCUCCAAAGCCUGGCUGAAGCUGGCGGCUGGAGAAAAGGCCCAGGUUUUGGUCGCUGCAGCCUGUUGUGCUCCUGCUGGCUUGAUGCUGGAGAUUGGCACCUACUGCGGACACUCGGCCAUUCGCUUGGCAGCAGCACGACCGGACAGUCGAGUGGUGACGCUAGAAGUGGACCCAGUCCAUGCCAUCAUUGCACGUGCUCUCGUGGAAUUUGCUGGGCUUUCGAGCUCUGUCCAAGUCUGGACAGGCUACAGCCGGGAUCUCAUCCCCUUCUUGGCCAACAGGUAUCGCGACUCCAAGGGCACCUUUGGCUUUGUGUUCAUGGACCAACGGGGAUCUCGCUACGAGGAGGAUCUUGCAAGCUUACAGCGCCUGAGCCUUCUACGAGAGGAGGCUGUAGUUGUUGCAGACAAUGUCCUGAAGCCCGGUGCGCCACGCUACUUGUGGCAGGUCUGCAGAUCUGGGGCCUUUGAUACCGAGGUCGUGAGAGUCUUCGAGUUUGCGAUGCCAGUUGAGGACUGGAUGUCGGUGAGUGUCGUGAGGGGAGGAACGACAGCAGCGACAGCUGCGUUUGCAACACCCAGUGAGCUGGAGGAGCUGAGUCAGGUGGCAGAUGAGAUGAGGAACCGAGCUCAAACCUCUGGAGGCGUCAGCUUUACAGAUUGGUCCAGUUUUGCAGAGAAGAUGCAAGAAGGACUCCAUAAGCAUGGCAUCUCAGCCACCCUGGACGUUCAUAGCUUUGCGGGCCGUGAAAAGGGAGUGCAGCCUGCUAGUAGCCAGGAGUUGACAUUUUGGAAGAGUCGUGGAACUCACCCAGUGCUUGCGAUGUUUCUUAUCUUGACAUCUUCAUACAAAGACAGUGACAGAUUUGUCAAAUCAAGUCAAUAGACUUGAUGGCACGCUUAUUGGCUCUUGUGAUCCGGGUGUUGAUGCAACGUGAAAGCCAACACACCAACAAGAAUUGUUCUGGC